AUACAGUUUACCAAGCUAUGACAAGCUACUUGUGACAUCACAGUGCACCAUUCUCCACCAAGAGUAUAAAAGGCCGGAACACCGAGCAGCAGUCGUCAAUGACCGGUUGCAUUCUGCAUCACGCAACCCACCGAACAGCAGCUAGCAGAAGACAGCAAGAAUCACCUCAUAUACAAUCAAUUCUAUACCUAGUAAAGUAGAGUGUUCUGAAUCCUGUAUCAUGUUUUUACUGACACGCUGAGGUUUUUUUUUUGGAAAGUCGAAAAACUCUGAAAAUUGGCUGAAUCUACACUGCGCGUACAAGGAAAUAACGGGGAAAUGGCCUCCUUGUCAAAGCGUGCUGGAGAUGCAGAGGAGUGCAAUAAUCGCUCGAACAAGCGCGUGCGGAUAUUCGAUCAUGGUUUUGAUUAUGAUGGUGGUGAGAAACACAUCGCUGCAGUGAUUUUGGCUCGCGGAGGCAGUAAAGGAAUCCCUCUGAAGAACAUCAAGCUCCUGGCUGGAGUUCCUCUCAUCGCCUGGGUCUUACGAGCUGCUCGGGACUCCCAGGUUUUCCACAGUAUCUGGGUGUCCACAGACCAUGACGAAAUUGAGCGAGUGGCAAAAAACUGGGGGGCUCAGGUACACAGACGGAGUCCAGAAGUCUCCAAAGACACCUCAACAUCACUGGAGACACUACAGGAGUUUUCCAGAAUGAACCCAGAAGUGGAUAUCAUCUGUAACAUCCAGGCCACGUCACCGUGCCUUCACCCGGACCACCUGAUAGAGGCUGUGGAGAUGAUGACCAAGCAUGGCUACGAUUCGGUCUUCUCCGUGGUCCGCCGAUAUCACUUCCGCUGGAAGGAGACAAAAGAAGAAGAAGCCACUGAACCUCUGAACCUGAAUCCUUCAUGCAGACCUCGUCGUCAGGACUGGGACGGAGAACUCUGUGAAAAUGGAUCCUUUUACUUCGCCACAAAAGAUCUUAUAAAUAAAGGACUGCUGCAGGGAGGGAAGGUUACCUACUUUGAGAUGCUCCCAGAGAACAGUGUUGAUAUCGAUGUGGACAUCGACUGGCCAGUAGCAGAACAGAGGGUUCUCAGGUUCGGUUACUUUGGUAAAGAUAAUCUGGGGAAGUUGCGCAUGCUCCUGUGUAACGUAUCGGGCUGCCUGACUGAUGGACAGGUCUAUCUGUCUUCAACAGGAGAGGAGAUGUUUUCUUUUAACACCAUAGACCUGACCGCCAUCAACAUGCUGAAGAACAAGAAGAUAGAGGUGAUCCUUAUCUUAUCUAGUGAUGAUCCGGUUUCAGACGCGUUUGCAGAGAAGCUGUAUGAGAAAACAGGUUGUAAAGUGAAGCAUCUGAAAGAAGAUAAACAAGUGGAACUGGAGAGACUGCUGAAAGAGAAGAGGCUCAAGUGGAAGAACGUGGCCUUUAUGGGUAAUGAUGUGCCAGAUGUGGACUGCCUGAACCUGGCCGGUCUCAGCGCAGUGCCUUUCGACGUCCCCAUUGUGGUUCUCAAUGCAGCUAAAUACCAGUGCCAGAGAGCAGCAGGACACGGGGCCCUCAAGGAGUUUGUUGAACACCUGAUGAAGAAGGGGGCCAUGUUUAAGGAGGAGCCCUGGUUGAUUCCCGGUCAGGGAGCCAAACCCAGCUAUUAGGGUUGCACAAGACACACUUCGUGCCGGUCCCAAGCCCGGAUAAAUUGGGAAAGGUGUAUUAGGAAGGGCAUCCAGCGUAAAAACGUGCCAAAUCAAACAUGCGGAUCACAAAUACGGAUGAUCCGCUGUGGUGACCCCUAAUGAGAGAAGCCGAAAGAAAGUUAUCUUAUGCUUAAGGUUUAAGGUUAAGGUUUUAGAUUUUAAUUAUAAUUAUAAUUGUAUUUGCUCUUAAAGGAAAUGAAUUUUGUUAUAGUUAUGUCGAGUUAUUUUUAGAUGAGCACUAAACUGUCUCGAUGAUUA